GGAGGAGCGAGAGGAGGAGACAGUUAAACAUCCCGGAGACAGAGAGGAUGACAUGAAUGAACAACACCGAGAGAGAGAGAGAGAGAGAGAGAGAGAGAGGAGGGGGGGCGGGGGUGAUGCUAAAAGGAGCGGACGCGCUCGAGGCGAGUCACUAGUGUUGAUCUCGCGCACGGUCCUUUAUGACGUCACGUCCAGCGCUCGGUCUUCUUCUGCGGGACGCUAGCGUCGCGACGCCUCUCCCAGUCUCUCCGACGCUCGGUAUGAGCCGGAUUACGGUGUCCCGGUGGAUGCGAGCGCACUGAGCUCUUCUCCGCUGAUCCGCGCAGCAGCAGCGUCUCCUCGACAUGGACGACUCGGGAAUAAUCCGGCGCAGGCGGCUCCAGGAUCUUCCUCUGCCCCGUAAAAACAGCAGUUGCCGCAGUAACCGGAAGAGUUUGAUUCUGACCUCCACCUCCCCGACUCUGCCCCGCCCACAUUCCCCGUUACCGGGACACAUCGGAAGUAGUCCUCUGGACAGCCCUCGAAACUUCUCUCCCAGCACUCCAGCACAUUUCUCCUUCGCUUCCUCAAGACGGGAUGGACGUCGAUGGUCGCUGGCGUCUCUUCCAUCUUCUGGCUAUGGGACAAACACUCCCAGCUCAACGUCCUCCAGCUCGUCUCAGGAGCGUCUGCACCAGCUGCCAUCUCAACCCACCAUGGACGAGCUGCACUUCCUGUCCAAACACUUCGGCAGCACAGAGAGCAUCACUGACGAUGAUGGGGGACGCUGUUCACCCCACAUAAGACCCCGCUCACGUAGCCUGAGUCCGGGUCGCUCUCACUCCUGCUACGACAAUGAGAUCAUCAUGAUGAAUCAUGUUUACAGGGAGCGUUUCCCUAAGGCCACGGCGCAGAUGGAGGGCAGAUUGUGUGAUUUCAUGCACUCAUAUUGUCCCGAGAGCGUUCUGCCGCUGGCCGACGGGGUCCUGAGCUUUAUCCACCACCAGAUCAUCGAGCUGUCCAGAGACUGCCUGACCAAAUCUAAGGAGGGUCUCAUCACGUCCAUCUACUUCUUUGAGCUGCAGGAAAACCUGGAGAAACUUCUGGACGACGCUUAUAAGAGGUCAGAGAGUUCAGAGUUGACAUUCGUCACUGAGUUGGUGAAGAAACUCCUCUUCAUCAUCGCUCGACCUGCUCGACUUUUGGAGUGUUUGGAGUUUAACCCUGAAGAGUUCUAUCAUCUGCUGGAGGCGGCUGAAGAUCACGCUAAAGAAGGACACCUGAUGAAGACCGACAUCCCGCGAUACAUCAUCAGUCAGCUGGGUCUAACCAGAGACCCUCUGGAGGAGAUGGUCGGUCGAGAGCAUUACGACAGCGAGGGCCCCGUCACACCGGAGACAGACGACUCCGCAGAGGGAAAGAUAAAACCCAUGAAGCCACCUGGAGAGGCAGAUUUCCAGACCAUCAAACUGAUAAGCAAUGGAGCCUACGGUGCGGUGUAUCUGGUCCGCCAUCUCGAGACGCGACAGCGCUUUGCUAUGAAGAAAAUCAACAAACAGAACUUGAUUCUGAGGAACCAGAUCCAGCAGGCGUUUGUGGAGCGAGACAUCCUGACCUUCGCCGAGAACCCGUUCGUGGUCAGCAUGUUCUGCUCCUUUGAGACCAGAAGACACCUGUGUAUGGUCAUGGAGUACGUGGAGGGUGGCGACUGCGCGACACUGCUAAAGAACAUCGGAGCAUUGCCCGUGGAAAUGGCGCGCAUGUACUUCGCUGAAACCGUCCUGGCUCUCGAAUACAUACAUAACUAUGGAAUCGUGCACAGAGAUCUCAAACCGGACAAUCUGCUGAUCACGUCAAUGGGUCACAUUAAACUCACUGAUUUCGGUUUGUCUAAAAUGGGUCUCAUGAGCCUCACCACAAACCUGUACGAGGGACACAUCGAGAAGGACACCAGGGAGUUCUUGGAUAAACAGGUUUGCGGCACCCCAGAGUACAUCGCCCCGGAGGUGAUCCUGCGGCAGGGUUACGGCAAGCCGGUGGACUGGUGGGCCAUGGGUAUCAUCCUCUACGAGUUCCUGGUGGGCUGCGUGCCGUUCUUCGGCGACACACCAGAGGAGCUGUUUGGUCAGGUGAUCACAGAUGACAUUGCGUGGCCCGAGGAUGAUGACGCUCUCCCCGCUGACGCACAGCACCUGAUCUCAUCUCUCCUGCAGACCAACCCGCUGCUCAGACUGGGCACAGGUGGAGCGUUCGAGGUGAAGGAGCAUCCGUUCUUCUGUGAUCUAGACUGGAGCAGUUUGCUCCGACAGAAAGCUGAGUUCAUCCCUCAUCUGGAGUCUGAGGAGGACACCAGCUACUUUGACACGCGAUCUGAGCGAUAUCAUCACAUUCAAUCGUACGAUGAGGACGACACCAAUGACGACGAGCCAGUGGAGAUUCACCACUUCUCCUCCUGCUCGCCACGCUUCAGCAAGGUGUAUAGCAGCAUGGAGCAUCUGUCGCAGCUGGAGCACAAACCCGUGGUGACCCGCAGAGAGCCCAAAGCUCACAGAGAAGAUCGCAGCAAGAGAGAAAGUCUGGGCAGCCUGACCCUCCGAGACAAGAGCUGGAGAACCGGAUCCCCUGAGAUGAAGCGGUUGUCAUGUUCAGAGUUGUCCUUCACUGAAUCAGACUCCAGUCCUCCCGGUGCACGCCGGCGUUUCUCAGCGCUGAUGGACACGCACCGCUUCGCUUCUCCACUAGAGGGAGACGGUGACACGCACACGCGCCAAACACCCAUCAAAACCAGGGGCUCGUCGCUAGAGGGCGCCAACGUGCCCAUCUGCUCCGGACUGGUGGAGUCCAGCUAUACGGCAUCAGUGGGACAUCCUGGAGAUAAACUCCUGCGGCCUGCUGAUGCCGCCGCUGCCACCCCCGCCGUUCCUCUACACAUACCAGACUCGUUUGGGCCUCGCGUCGGAAGCGACCUCGUCUUACGAAGAGCUCGACAUCAUCAGAUUCCGACCGACAGCGAGAAACGUAGCGCGACUCGCUCUGGAACCAAAGUCAUAAAGUCAGCCUCCACCACAGCCCUGUCUGUCAUCAUACCUGCAGUUGAGCAGCAUGGUACGUCACCACUAGCCAGUCCCAUGUCUCCUCGCUCCAUCUCGUCCAAUCCAUCGUCUCGUGACUCGUCUCCGAGUCGUGACUACUCACCUACUGUCAAUGUCCUGCGCUCACCAAUCACCAUCCAUCGCUCUGGAAAGAAGUACGGCUUCACCUUGCGCGCCAUCAGAGUCUACAUGGGUGACAGUAACGUCUACAGCGUACAUCACAUGGUCUGGCAUGUCGAGUGUGGUGGGCCGGCCCAGGAGGCGGGGCUUUGUGCUGGCGACCUCAUCACCCAUGUGAACGGAGAGUCUGUGCACGGAUUGGUGCACACAGAGGUGGUGGAGCUCAUUCUGAAGAGUGGCAGCAAAGUAACAGUAACGACCACUCCAUUCGAAAACACGUCCAUAAAGAUCGGGCCAGCAAGGAAGCUUAGCUACAAAGCCAAGAUGGCCAGACGCAACAAGAAGUCAGUCGCAAAAGAUGGACAAGAGAGUAAGAAGCGCAGCUCUCUCUUUCGUAAGAUCACGAAACAGUCCAACCUGCUUCACACCAGUCGUAGUCUGUCCUCUCUGAAUCGCUCGCUCUCAUCUGGAGACAGUCUGCCUGGAUCACCGACACACAACCUGUCUGCUCGCUCGCCCACGCAGACGUACCGCUCUCCUCCAGACUCCGCCUACCUCGGCACUUCGUCUCAGAGCAGCUCACCCGCGUCCAGCACGCCAAACUCGCCUGCAACAUCUCAGCACAUGCGGCCGAGCUCUCUUUACGGUCUCUCGCCCAAACUCCACCGGCAGUACCGUUCUGCUCGCUGCAAAUCUGCCGGGAACAUUCCUCUGUCUCCGCUGGCCCACACGCCGUCCCCUACUUCAUCUUCCCCGCCGCCCAUCGCUGGACACACUGUCGGCAGCUCCAACACCACCCAGGCCUUCCCUGCCAAGCUCCACGCCUCUCCUCCAAUCACACGCCCGCGGCCCAAGAGCGCAGAACCACCCCGUUCGCCUCUCCUCCAAAGGGUGCAGUCGGCCGAGAAGCUCGGCCCGCCCCCUUCGCCUUCAUUUCCAUCCUCCACGUCUUCCGUGGGCUCGGACAGAAAAGGAGGGCUUUGCGUGUCCAUGAGGAAGCAUGGCUUGGAAGUUGUACACGCUGAAUAUCGCCGGGAGUCGUUCCACUGUGAACACGCCCUCCAGAGCCUGAUGGAGAUCGAGGGCGAGAACACGCCCGGGGCUCCGCCCUCUCCACCUGACCAGACGCCAACACACAUACCCGUUGUGAGGCAGCUCGGGAGACAGGACUCAAUAGCGGGACGAGAGUCUGAGGGGAAAGCGAGGCAGCCUGACUCAAGUGAAUCUGUUUUAAGGACUGCAUCGAAAACCCAACCAGUAGCAACCACCUUGGAUCCUAAAUCAACCCAGUCUGGUGAGCCACCUCAGGAGAAGAAAGUAGCCUCCAAAUCUGAGUCUUCUCAAGUCGUCUCGACAGGGAAGGAGGCAGCCAGGGAUGCGGGAAAGAGCGAAUCACUUUAUGCAAUGGGAUCCAGCCCCAAGAUCCCAGAACGAACGCCAGUUGUCCAGAGCUCUGGAGCACAGGAACUCAAACCCUAUAGCCUUCAAUCCGAUGGUCCUAAAGGGCUGGAAAAUGGCAAAGAGAUGGGAAAGAUUCCAGUGAAAGAGAAAACUGCACGGACAAUGGCUCCAGAUGCAAGCAAGUCAAGUAAAGGACCUCUGAGCGUUGAGGGGACUGGAUCUAGUUCUGUUGGUGUAACGAAAGUCUCUGAAGCAGUUCCUGCCCAGUCUAAAACCAUUGAAGAACGGGUUCAAACCCCAUCGGGGUCCGCCAGAGGCCCUCAAGAGGAAAGAUGUCGCCUGGAAGCGGCUGAAGAGUCCCCAGCCUCUCCGUCUCCAACCGCCAGAUCGCCUUGCGCAAGCAAAUCACGUGCCGUAUCUCCUGGUGACAGGUCCAGCUUCGUGACGCAGCUCACCAGUGUGGCUAAAACUGUGCUUGGGCCGAUGAAGUUGGGCUCUCAGGAUGGCGGGAAGGCCAAGGACAGCUCCAAAACCAACGAGGACAAACGAGCCGCCACGUUGGGAAAGUCCGAGGCCUCGUCUGGGAGUCGCCGUGGGUUGACGGGAACGUGGCCUGGUCCUGGAUCAUCAAAGCCUGAAAAGGCAUCGAAGAGCUCUUCCAAGCAUUCAUAAUAUUCUUAACAGGAAUAUUCUCCUCUGAACUUUAAAAGGGAUGCAUUCCCUGUAAUUGUCCAAAUGCAGACUAUUCAAAAGACUCUACAGCCAUCAAACCAAGAUAUAAAUGGAAAAAAAACGUAAACAAGGAAAGGUGCUUCAAAAUGACUGUUGUAAAAUAUGUUUGUUUGUGCAUAUGCCGUAAGAAUAUAUGCACCAUCAUAUGUGGAUGUAGAAUAAACCAGUAUGUCUCUCUACAUGCAUGUUACAUGUGUAUUGUGAAUAGAAGAGUCAAAAAAAAAUAAGAUAUGAAAAAUGAAAGACCUAAUGCUAGUGAACACUGCACAUCCAAUCAUUCCUGCCCGGCCUGUAGAGGGCAUGAUAUGUCAUUCAUCACCAUAUCGACCAAUCAGUUUGUCAGAUUUAGAAAGGAGAAAUAGUUAAAGUGUUUACCUGUACCCCUUUUCCACCAAGGCAGUUCCAGUGCUGGUUUGGAGCCAGAGCCUAGUUUCAAACCAGUUCUUUGUCUUUCGACACCCAAAGCACCAGCUCCGAACCAGGAAAAGCGGUUCAUAAGUAGCACCAAAACGUUGCUGGGCUAGAAGGAAGAACCGCUUGCGUCAGGAGCUGUGGGCGGGGUUACAGUGACCAACAAGACGACAGAAACUUUGGACCGCCAUAUUUGAAAUAGCAGCUAAACACGAACACGUAGGAUUCGCCAUGUUUGGAUGCCGAUAUGCUUUUGGAUCGCUCUCGCGGUGCAUUAGUGUGUAGUGUGGCGAUCGAUCGAUCAGUCUGCAUGCCGCCGAUGCACCUCGAACAAGUCUGUUGUGUUUGGCGCGGCCGCGCUAGUGAAACGAAACAUGGUAUGUCAGUGGCGUAAGACCUGGCUCUGUAUUGGCUCUCUAGCCUGUGGAAAAGCAACCGGUUCUUAAAGGGCUCGCCAGUCGAACCAACUAAGAACCGGAAAUAGCACUGGCUCUGAACUAGCACCUGGUUCCUGCUGGUGGAAAGGGGGUACUAGUGACCGACACCAUAGAUCUAAACGAUCUCAGUCCAGUACCUCAGCUAUACUGUUAAACUGCCAACAGUAGCGCUAUAGUAGAGGCAACAGAAUGCCUAACUAGAGGUUUGGGAGGGUUAAGCCGCGGUCACACUAUAGACUUUGAGCAUGCAAAAUUCCCUUGGACGCUGAUGCUCUGCAGCGUCUUUUUAAAAAGUUAACUUCAACACAUGACACAUAAUAAUACAUCUAAAAUGUGAAACAUACAAUCUACUACACUUUCCUGCAGCACUGCAGUUUUAAUUUUAUGUUCUUUUAAUUCAGCUACGAGGUCGUGCUGUGACAUAUUGAUCUGCCGUUGGUCACACGAUGUCACGUGAUGCAAAUUUGCAUGGCAGAGUUCACCAAGCUUGAACUUUGUAACGCAGCGAAAUGCGAAAACUUUUUGCAUGGGCUUGCGUUUCCGGUCUGACGCAUUCGCAUGCGUAUGAAUGGAAGUCAAUGGAACGAAAAGUGCAGUGUGACCGCCCCUUUACACUGUUGGAAAAGGGAAAUGAUUGUUGCACAAGAACAGAACCAUGUGUAGAAGUGCUUGUUUCUGCUGUCUUAAUUACAUUUGCACUGGAAAUGCCCAGCAAAAGUCAACAUGAAAUCAAUUUACUUACUUAAUGCAUUGCUAUGUUAUUUAAUCUGCAUCCACCCUGACUAAGGUCUGUAGUCAAAUAGCUACUUAGUAGGAAAAUGCAGCCUUUUUACUGACUAAUUAAUGGAGUAAAUUAAUGCCAAUUAGCAAAAUGGCAGUAAUAGCACAUAAACAUGGAUUUGGAAAAGAAGCAUGACCGUUAUGGAAGUAAAUUGGGUUGCAGAUGUCGUUUCUUGUUGACUUUUAUGUGGAUGAAUUUAAAUAUCUUUGGAAAGAAGUAAGGAGGGUGUAUAUAGUUUUAAUUUACCACUCUGAGACUGGAGGGAAAACCUCAAGAAUGGCAUUGCUAAGAAAGGUUAUUGAGAUUAUUAGAUGAACUUUAUGAAGAAAAUGGGUCACUAUGAUGUCAUUGUGUUAGAUUAUAUAUAUAUAUAUAUAUAUAUAUAUAUAUAUAUAUAUAUAUUUAUAUAUUAUAGGCCAGUAAAUGCACUGUGGAUUAUACACUUGAAUUAUUACAAAUCUGAAGAAGCCUGAAUUAUUCUUUAGUAUAUGCAGAAGAGUUUGUGAAGUAUGAGGUGGUACAUGUGUAGAUGUGUUUCAUUUUGAUCCAUUCAGGGCUUUUAAUUCACUUUUGCUACAUUGUGUCCAACUUUUAUAGGAAUUUAUUACGUAGUAGGUUGACAUGUAAACGUCUAGUGGUCUGCGAGAGAUGAAACGAUCUUCUGGAAGUGGCUUCAUGUUACAUGUGGAACUGAUCCAAUCUGUUUACACUUUAAAUCACACGGUCACUCUCACGUUUGUGUGAACGUCCUUUGGAGACUGUGUGUAGUGAAUCUAGCGAUGUCUUAGGAGUGUGCCACGUUAAUGCAAUGAUUUUCUUCCAAAUCAGCUGAUCCUUGAUCCCUGAUUGACUGUCUUCUGCCAAUAGAGGACUUUACACUUUACCCAAAUAUAUUGAAUAUUUUCUUUGGUAUUAUCAUGGUUUUUUGACAUUGUUUUUGGACACACACCUUGAAUAUACAUGGAUAUGUUAAUGAUUCAGUGGUGUCUAUGAUCCAUUGUAUAUAUCAGGUACUAUCAUCGUACCACGGUAACACCACAGUAAUUUUUGUGAGGAUGUCAUCUUUUAUAAGUUUAUUAUUAUUUGGGUAGGGUGUAUAUGCCCUUAUUGUGUUUUCUGAUUGAUUUGUGCUGUGAAGUGUGUGUAUAUAGGAUAGAUCGUGUCAGUUUUCCGUCUGUGUUUAGAUUCUAUAGGCAUAGCGUUUGCCUGAGACACCAUUACUCACGCAAUGAGUACAAGCAAUGUUACAGAAUGCACUUUAUUGAUUUAUCUCUUUGAAUUUAUGUUUGUUUAUAACUUUAUUUGAAAGAUGUUUGCCCUGUUUGAUUAUUAAAAACUGUGCUGCUUUGCAUAAAUCUUCCCCAAACUGUUUUACCUGUUUUUAUUUUUAUUUUUAUUUUUUUGUAUAUUCACUUCUUAUAUCAUUGUUUAUUUACAGUUUUGUAUGAUUUCUCACCUCAGGCAAUGUUAUAAACUAAUGCAAUUAAAAAAUAUAUUAAUAAUAAA